AUGAAUAUAAAUCCAGAUUCUGCAAAAGAUAUUCUAUGUAAGAAUAUUUUGAUUUAUGGAUAUUGUAAGUUUGAGAAUAAAGGAUGUGCAUUUAGUCAUCAUACAAAAGCAUCCCAGUCACCAUCAGCAAAUAAUAACAGUGCUAGUUCUGAUGGGUUAAGCAAUCAAGCCAGUAAUGAUUCCAGACGCAAAUUCAAUUUGAACACCCCAUCAUUUCAACCAUCUUCCCCCAGUGUUUCGAGUAUUACCAAUAAGUUUGCUACCUUAUCGCCUAAAUUGAAAGAAAUCCCGGUGUUUGUACCAAGCUCAUUGAAUGAACAGAAGGAUGGUGGUGCUACGAAACGAUUCAACGUGGCAACGGCGUCGUUCACUCCUUCGAAUCCGUACAAUGAGCCAUCGCCGUUAGUUCCAAACGCAAGUAUUCAACAAGUCAAAUCCAAGACUGGUCAAGUUAAUGCACCAGGAAAUGGCUUGAGCCAACAACAAGUAUCGGUGAACCCACAACAACAACCCCAGCAACAGCAGCAACAGCAGCCGUCUAAUAUCCUGCAGCAGCAAUAUCUCCAGCAACAGCAGCUUCAACAAUUGCAACAGCUUCAACAUUUACAACAGCAGCUGCAACAACAACAGCAACAACCUCAGCAACAGUCUCAACAACAACAAGCCCAGCAUUUACAACAACAGCAGCAGAAUCAAGUGGUUCCACCAUCAAGCCAAGUCCCACCCCAAUUAGUGGCCACUCCAACCCCACCACCGCAAACCAAUCCCUAUUUGAACUCACCAUUGACUGGCGGUCCACCAGGUAGUGGAUUACCCCCCGGGUCGUCUGAUUAUAUGUUUCAAGGACCAACUUCAAACUAUCCCUUAAAUUACCACUUAUAUGCUCCUGCACCACCACCAAGAUUAUCUAUUCCAUUGCCACCUCAUGAAACCAAUGUCAAUCUUAUGUUUAUACCAAAUGACUUGAGAGAAUAUUUGCAGAGAAAAAACGAAGCCACUUUACAAACAUUACCCAGAAGUAAUUUACCCGACCAUAUCAACGCAUACCAUUCAUUAGUACCAAUUGAUACAACUUUUGAUAAAGGCUCGAAAGUCUGGGGAGUGGCCAAUUUGAUUUUCAAGCUGUUUUCAAAUAUUGAUGGGAAUCCAUAUGCGUUAAGAAAGAUUGACAAUUCUUCCCUCAUUCGAAUAGUUAAUGAAUCACCAUUCAAAACGGUUAAAAAAUGGAAAUCGAUUAAAAACUCCAAUAUAGUACAACUUCAAGAAGCUUUCACUAGUAUGGCUUUUGGAGAAGGGAGCGCUCAACUAAUGGUAACUUACGACUAUUAUCCUAAUUCUAGUACUUUGGCCGAACAACAUAUAACUAGAAAAUUGGGUAGUAAAUUAGAACCGAUUACCGAAGACAUUUUAUGGAACUAUAUAAUACAAAUUACAAAUGCUUUAAUAAGUAUUCAUGAUAAAGGGUUGGCUGCAAGAUCAAGCUUGGAUAUAAGUAAAAUCAUUGUUACUAAUAAAAAUAGAAUCAGAUUGAGUAGUGUUGGAAUUGACGACAUUUUAUAUCACGAUGAAGACGAAAUUAAAAUUAGUCAAGUUGGCUUAAGUGAACAUAUUUCAAUCUUACAAAGAGCCGAUAUACAAAAAUUCGGUAAGUUGAUUCUUGAAUUAGUAACCGCAGCAAAAUCAUUCAGUAAGAAUUCUCCAAUUGAUGAUAUUAUUUCGAGUUUAAAAAUUUCCAAUGCAUAUUCUCUAGAUUUUUUAAAAGUUUUAGAAAUGCUUAACUAUCAAACUGAAAAAUUUGAUUUGAGAAAAUUCAGUGAAAAGUAUUUGAAUUCUAAAAUGCUUGAAGUUAUUAAUAACUUGCAAGACCUGAAUGAUUACAUCGAAAGUCAAUUUAGUGGAGAACUAGAAAAUGCAAGAUUAUUCAGACUUUUAACCAAGAUCAACUUCAUCAUUGAUAGACCCGAACAAUCCAAGAAAUUCGAGUACAGCGAUAGCGGCAACAAGUACAUCAUCAAGCUAUUCAGAGACUACAUUUUCUGUCAGUACGAUGAAUUUGGUAAAUCAAUUGUUGAUUUGUCCAAAGUUUUGAUUAACUUGAAUAAACUUGAUGCUGGGAUCGAAGAAAAAAUCCUCUUGGUCAGCAGAGAUGAAAAAACCUGUAUUAUAGUCAGCUACAAAGAAGUUAGAGACAUUAUCGAAAGCAUUUUCCGUGGUAUCAUCCGAAAUUAGCUAAUUUGAUAUAUUUAUAUAACUCCAAAAACACCGAAAACCCGAAAAAAAUCAAACAAAAUAAACACAAUAAAAUAACAUCGUAAUCA